UCAAAACAAAAACAAAACCUUUUAACCUAAAAUAAUAGUCUUGAGCCUUCCAUCAAAAAUCAAUUGAAUCUCUUUAUAAAUUAAUCUGAUUAACUCCUGGCACCAUCAAUCUGUUUUUCUAGUGAAUUAUACUUCCUUUUGAGCGGUUCGAGCUAAGCUGUGUUAAUUUAAAUAAUAUUGAUCUUAUCUACGUACGUUUUCAUCAUGGUCUGUGAAAAUUGCGAAAAGAAAUCAAGCAAAGUUAUUGUCCCUGAUAAAUGGAAGGCCGGUGCCCGUAAUACGAAUGAAAGUGGUGGCCGUAAAAUCAACGAGAAUAAAGCUUUAACAUCUAGAGGACGAUAUAACCCAGUGGCUCAGUUUUCCAAAUGUCAAAUUUGUAGACAACGGAUACAUGUUGCGGGAUCAGUCUAUUGCCAAUCUUGUGCUUACAAGAAAGGUAUAUGUUCGGGAUGCGGUAAAAAGAUGUUGGAUACCAAAAAUUAUGUCCAAUCUGCAGUUUGAUUGAAUAUUCGUAUCACCUCAUGUUGAUGCCAAUGGAAGCGGUAACUGGAAUUGGUAGAACAAAACACAAACAAAUACACACUUGAGGUUAUUCAACAUAUUCAUAUAAAAAGGAUGGAAAAUAGCAAGAGUUUCCAGUUUUCUAUCUAUCAAAUGAAAAGAACAACAAAAUUUUAAAGACAAUUGAACAAAGAGAUCGAAACAAGAUUAAAUAAUACGAUGAACAUCAGCAUCAAUUUGAGAUGAAAGCCACAAAGGCCACAAGAAAAUGAUACUCUUUUAUUUUUUUCUUCGCUGAUAAAUAUAUACAUUUAAAUGUCCAUAGGAACCAACGAAGGCUUCAUUAUCGGCAGUUGCAUCAGAGAGGCA